AUGACCGGACCACAGCCUUCCCCCAUAGCUGUGCCCACGAACCAGCCGAGCAAGGGCGAGCUGCCGACGGCAAGUGACGCCAGCGCGCCACCCGCCCAGCGAUUCUCCUCUCCAGCCCAGAUGUCGGGUAACACGGGAUUCAGUGCCUCCACGUCUAAUCUCCACCCCGCAAGCGCAGGGCUGAAACAUCGUCACACCCUGGAGGUGCCCAGGUCCGGUCAGCCCCGUGGGUCACGAGACGGCGUGGACACUGCUCUCGCCAGCGGGCGCUUCUCGCCGACCGGCUCAGGUCCCAGUGGUGCCAGGCGCGCCUCCAUCAACCUGGUCAGGCGCAACACCCGCUCCAUGCACAGCGAUUUCCCGCGAGACGAGGCCUUUCCCGACGAGGACGCCAUGAGGUGGGCCGAGGCGUACAGGCAGAAGAGGGCUAGUAAGAGGAGGAGGAAGGAAGAGGAAGACGAUGAUCGCGUCUUGAUCGGCAACAAGGUCGAUGAGAAACAUGCAAACUGGGUGACUGCCUACAACAUGCUCACGGGCAUCCGCGUCUCGGUGUCUCGCACGAAUGCCAAGCUGGACCGUCCACUGACGGAUGCGGACUUUGAGGCCAAGGCGAAGACCACGUUCGAUAUCACCGGCAACGAGCUCGUUCCCUCAGCAAAGUACGAUUUUAAGUUCAAGGACUAUGCGCCCUGGGUGUUUCGACAUCUGCGACAGCUAUUCCGCCUGGACCCAGCCGACUAUCUGAUGUCCCUGACAGGCAAAUACAUCCUCUCCGAGCUCGGGUCCCCCGGCAAGAGCGGGAGCUUCUUUUACUUCUCCAGGGACUACAGGUUCAUCAUCAAGACGAUCCACCAUGCUGAGCACAAGUUCCUUCGGAGGAUACUAAAGGAGUAUUAUCAACAUGUCACCGAUAAUCCGAACACGCUUCUCUCCCAGUUCUAUGGUCUGCACAGGGUGAAGACACCAUGGGGAAGGAAGAUCCAUUUUGUCGUCAUGAACAACCUCUUUCCGCCGCACCGAGAUAUCCACACCACCUUCGACCUGAAGGGAUCGACCAUCGGGAGAGACUAUAAGGAAGAGGACCUGGAGAAGAACCCGAGGGCGACGCUGAAGGACCUGAACUGGCUGCGGCGGCAACGGCACCUCGAACUGGGCCUGCAGAAGAAGCGGCUCUUUAUGGAACAGCUUCAGAAGGAUGUCAAGCUGAUGCAGAAGCUCCAAAUCAUGGACUACUCCCUUCUGAUAGGUGUUCAUGACAUCCGGAAAGGAAAUGACGAGAAUCUGCGUGCACGGAACCUGCAGGUCUUCAGCCCCGGCGGCGAGCAGGUGGAACAGGACCCCAAUCAAGUGCUGAUGCGGACCCCCUCGAAGCUGGAGAACCAACGCCGUGCCGCCCAGAUGCGGCAGAUCAUAAAGGCUGAGCGACCCGUGCCGAUGGGAAGAUCGUCGGCUGGCAUGCCCGAUGUUCUUGAGGAGGGCGCCAAGUCUGACUCGAUCUUCUAUCAGGAUGAUGGGGGCAUGAGAGCUACACACGAGGACGACACACCGGGUGAUGAGAUUUAUUACCUGGGAGUCAUCGACUGCCUCACCCAUUACGGAAUGAUCAAGAAGAUCGAACACUUUUGGAAGGGUCUUUCCCACGAUCGGAAUCAGAUCUCUGCCCUACCUCCAGAGCAGUACGGCGAUAGGUUUCUCAACUUCAUGGAAGGGAUCACAAUAUCUCGCGAGGAGGCAGAGCGGCUGGAACAAGAGCAUGCUGCGGAUGGCGCUGCCGAGAAGGAAAAGCAUCGCGUCCCAAGCUGGAGCAGUAUCGGUCGCAAAUCGACAAGCAACAAUUACCCUACUGCGCCAACACACCAGCCCCCGGCACCGCCAGGCCGUUCCUCUGGAGCCAGAUCUCCCGAGGCUGAAGAGACCAUGCGACGAGCAGAAGAAGCCGCGCACAAGUCUGAAAAGCAUGGCCAUACCGAGCAGGGUGUUCCGGAUCGUACCCUGAGAACGUCUGGCUCUGCAUCCACCGGCAUAUUCCCCUCGAUCGCGACGGCCGCCGCCCCAUCUUUGCUUGGAGCGACCCCCUCAAACGGCCGUGACUCGACCAACAACCCGGUGUUAGAGACAGUUGAGGAGACUGGCGAAGUAUCCACGACCGGCGGUCGUGAUCGCAGCGCAAGCCGGGUCAGUGGUCGCGGAGCCGAGUCGCGGCCCGUGACGCCAGCCAAGGAUGUUCAGGGCUUCUAUGGCAAUCCGACACUCUCGCACAUCCACGACGCGCCUUCGAGAGCGCCCCCGACACCACCCAAGACCGCUGGGGCACCGUUUGGCAACAGUAACGACAAGCGCCUGACGAAACCUGAAUCAGCCGACAGUGGAAUUGGUGUAGAGUCUGGUCGGGCGAGGAGCGGGACGCAGGGUUCCGGCAAGCAAGGCACCAGGGGCCCUUUCAGCCGCGAUAGCCUUGAGAAGGCCCUACCCCCUCUGCCCAUGGCGAAUGGUCCUGCCUAG